GAGACAGUUGAACAACAUCAACCCACCGAAACGACCACACUCUCUCCCUUUGACCCCGGCCAAAGCCAUAUUAUUCACCCAUCAUGGCUUCUACGCAGAGUGUGCAAUGCUUCGGCAAGAAGAAGACUGCUACCGCAGUCGCCCACACCAAGCAAGGCAAAGGCCUCAUCAAGGUCAACGGCCAGCCUCUUAACCUCGUUAAGCCCGAGCAGCUCCGCUUCAAGGUCUAUGAGCCCCUUUUGAUCGUUGGCCUCGACAAGUUCGCCGGUGUCGAUAUCCGUGUCCGCGUCACCGGUGGUGGUCACGUCUCCCAAAUCUACGCUAUCCGCCAGGCCAUCGCCAAGUCCAUUGUCGCCUACUACCAGAAGUUCGUUGACGAACACUCCAAGAACCUCCUCAAGCAGGCUUUCAUCCAGUACGAUCGCACACUUCUCGUCGCCGACUCCCGACGGGCCGAGCCCAAGAAGUUCGGUGGUCCAGGUGCUCGUGCUCGUUACCAGAAAUCUUACCGUUAAAAGAAGAAAAAAACCAGAAAAAUCACUUUGUUGUUUUUUUCUUGUUUUUAUUUUUCUUUUAAUCGUGUUAUGUUAGUUUCUGCUUGGGAAUGGGGGGCGCGCGCGUCUUGUCUUAUGUGUGGAAAAAAGAAAAAGCAUAUUUCAUUGUCAUGAGAUGUUGGGAGGACAAAAGAAACUUUGUUAGCCAGCCACUUGGGUGGAAUGAGAAGUGUGCUUUGAAUCCUGAGAAGACGAUUGGGAUUUCCUUCUUUCUUAACGAGUAUCAAUCAGAUUCCCGGGUGACAGAUUAAGGGGAAGGAAUGUCCACACAGAACGAAAAAUGGAGAUGGAGAAAAAUCCCGGGAUAAUUUUUUUCUUUACGCCCUUGUUUGUACGAAUUCUAGCAGGCAGGGUUAGUGUGGGCAACGAAUAUGUCAAGAAUUUCUAUAUCAAAUGAAAAAUGGCAUUCAUGAUUUCA